CCGCCGGCGGAGCUGUCGUCCUCUUCUUCACCUGUCCAUCGAGUCACUUCGAGUCACUUCCUUCCCACUUGUCAUUCGAGUGCCGCCAAAUGCGGCAACAGCGGCGGCGGCGUCGCUUCUGGUGAUGCAGCCGCCGGCGGAGCUGGCGUCCUCUUCUCCACCUGUCCAUCGAGACACGUCGAGUCACUUCCUUCCCACUUGUCAUUCGAGUGCCGCCAAAUGCGGCAACAGCGGCGGCGGCGUCGCCUCUGGUGAUGCAGCCGCCGGCGGAGCUGGCGUCCUCUUCUUCACCUGUCCAUCGAGUCACUUCGAGUCACUUCCUUCCCACUUGUCAUUCGAGUGCCGCCAAAUGCGGCAACAGCGGCGGCGGCGUCGCCUCUGCCGCCGGCGGAGCUGUCGUCCUCUUCUCCACCUGUCCAUCGAGACACGUCGAGUCACUUCCUUCCCACUUGUCAUUCGAGUGCCGCCAAAUGCGGCAACAACGGCGGCGGCGUCGCCUCUGGUGAUGCAGCCGCCGGCGGAGCUGUCGUCCUCUUUUUCACCUGUCCAUCGAGACACGUCGAGUCACUUCCUUCCCACUUGUCAUUCGAGUGCCGCCAAAUGCGGCAACAGCGGCGGCGGCGUCGCCUCUGGUGAUGCAGCCGCCGGCGGAGCUGGCGUCCUCUUCUCCACCUGUCCAUCCAUCCUCAUCCUCCCACAUGUCCUUCGAGUGCCGACGGUUGUGGCAGUUGUGGCGGCUGCGGCAGGUGUCGCUGCGGUGUCGGAAGGUGUGGCGUUGGCGGCGGGUGUGUCUGCGAUGGCGGUGGUAGCGGUUGAGGAGGCAGCGGUGCCGGUGCCGGUGGCGGGUGUGGCGUUGGUGGUGGUGGCUAUGGUUGUGACGGUGGCGGUGACGGUGGCGGCGACGAUGGCGGGUGUGGCGGUGGCGGUGGGUGUGGCGGCUGCGGGAGGUGCGGUCGCAUUGGUGACGGGUGUGGUGGCAUUUGACUGGGGCGUUGGAGUUGGCGUAAGCGGGUGUGGCGUUGGCGGCGGGUGUGGCUGCGGUGGCGGUAAUUGUGGUGGCGGCGACGAUGGCGGGUGUGGCGGUGGCGGUGGGUGUGGCGGCUGCGGGAGGUGCGGUGGCAUUGGUGACGUGUGUGGUGGCAUUUGCCUGGCGGCGUUGGAGUUGGCGUUGGCGGGUGUGGUGUUGGCGGCGGGUGUGGCUGCGGUGGCGGUCAUUGUGGUGGCGGCGACGGUUGUGGGUAUGGCGUUGGCGGCGGGUGUGGCGGCUGCGGCAGGUGCAAUGGCAUCGGUGACGGGAGUGCUUGCAAUUGCCUUGACGGCGUUGGAGUUGUCGUUGGCGGGUGUGGCGUUGGCGGCGGGUGUGGCUGCGGUGGCGGUAAAUGUGGUGGCGGCGACGGUGGUGGGUAUGGCGUUGGCGGCGGGUGUGGCGGCUGCGGGAGGCGCCGUGGCAUUGAUGACGGGUGUGGUGGCAGCUGUCUUGGAAGCGUUGGAGUUGGCGUUGGCGGGUGUGGCGUUGGCGGCGGGUGUGGCUGCGGUGACGGUAGUGGCGGUGGCGGUGACGCUGGCGAGUGUGGCGGUGGCGGCCGGUGUGGCGGCUGCGGCAGGUGCAGCGGCAUCAAUGACAGGUGUUGUGACAUAUGUGUGGGCGGAGGUGGAGUUGGCGUUGGCGACGGCUUCGCCUCUGGUGAUGCAGCCGCCGGCGGAGCUGGCGUCCUCUUCUCUACCUGUCCAUCGAGACACGUCGAGUCACUUCCUUCCCACUUGUCAUUCGAGUGCCGCCAAAUGCGGCAACAGCGGCGGCGGCGUCGCUCGCGGCGGCCAGGCACACAGCGAUUCAGGCGAGGGUAAAUAUGCAUGCAGAGAUAUGUAUGUGAACAGAUUGUGUUAUAUGUCAUCUGUCUGGGCACUGGCGUUGGCAUGGGUGCGGUGUGAGCUGAACAGUGCUAGCCACGAUGCCUUCGAAGCGCACGACAGUACGGCACUCUACGUGGAGGCAUUCGCCUGGGUGUGCGGCACCUGCCAGCGGGAGUGCGUGCCAGUGCGCAGCGAGUCGCGGUGUCUGUGCGGCCACCGGCUCAGAGAACACGACCCCGCCAGCUCCCAAGCCGCCUCCAGGUGCAAAGUCGCCAAGUGCAGCUGCCGGAGCUUCUUUUUCAUUGUAGCUGAAGGAGCUUGGGUGCUGAGGUGCAGCUUCCUCGUAGCUCUAUAA